CUCGUUGUUUGUUAUAGUAUUAUGUGUCUGUCACAUAACAAACCGGCAAUGACUUGCUGGCAGCUUUAGCUAGGGGGCUAACUAUCAGCCGCAUGACGGAGGAGGUCACGCCAAACUCCGUUUAAAAUAAUCACAAUAUUACACCUACUCGCUUUUGAUCAGUAUGUAACGUUUUAGGAUUGGUCUGCCUCUUAUUCCUUCCAUCCCCGACCAUCAAAAGACACCACGGUUGGUGGCAGCGAGCAUUAUCGGUUAUACUGAGGUCUUGAGGCACGUUUUCUGGUGUAGUUAGGUGGCAUUUGCCUGACGUGAAUGUUAAGGUAUACUAGAUUAUUCCGUGAGCGGAGUUUGGUGUGCGGUGCCCUCCCACCCACAGGGGUGACGUUGUAGUUAAACCGCAUUGUUGAGGGGCUCAGAUGUUCAAUCUGCAGCAGCUGAACAGAGGAUUUAUCAGUCGAAAAGAAACCUCAAAGAUAAAGCCCAGGUCGCGAUGAGCGUCCCCUGUUUCUUGACCUCCGCUGCCCGAAGCUUCAGCCUGCCGUGUCCCGCCGCCGGAGUGCUCUGCUGCCGGCUGCUGGGCCCCAGCUCCGUCACAAGAAGAAAUAUGUCCUCCAAAAGGCAAAUGGACCAUCUAGAGAGAACAGCGAGCAACUCCAGACAAGAUGCUUUGUAUCCAGCUCAAGUAUGUGGCAUCAUAAAUGAGUCAGAGAUGGUGAAACGUUUGAGAAUAGCUGUCCAUCCAGACUUCACCUUCAAAGCAGGACAGUGGGUGGAUUUCUUCAUCCCCGGCAUGGAGAAGGUGGGAGGUUUCUCCAUGUGCUCCAGCCCGGGUUUGCUGCAGAGGGAGGGCAUCGUUGAACUGGCCAUCAAAUACACCAAACACCCCCCAGCGCACUGGGUCCACACCACGUGUACAGUGGGCUCCCGGGUGGCAAUGCGUGUCGGCGGGGACUUUUUCUUCGACCCGUCACCCUCUGACCCAUCCAUGGAUUUGCUGCUGGUGGCCGGUGGCGUAGGGAUCAACCCCUUGUACUCUAUCCUGUUGCACACCACAGAUCUGCUGCAUCUCAACCAAGCCUCUGGUGGGCGGGACUAUAACAUAGGCUCUGCCCACCUCUGCUACAGCGCCAAGAACACCCAAGAACUGCUCUUCAAGAGCUCCAUCAUUGAGGCAUGUCGGGAGUUCCCUGACAAGUUCUCCUGUGACUUCCACGUCACGCAACAGAGCACAGACGUUGACCCGCACCUCCAGCCAUUUCUCAACCGCGGGAGAAUCACAGAGGAGGAGUUGCGGGCUCAUGUGGACCCGCAGAGGACUUUGUGUUUCCUGUGCGGCCCCCCGCCCAUGAUCGAAGCAAUUUCAAAAACUCUCAUGGACUUCGGCCUCCCGAAAGACAGAAUCCUCUUCGAGAAGUGGUGGUAGAACCUAUUAUGCUUCCCAGAAACCUACAGGGUUGUCCUCCUGGCUAGUGUUCCUUUUUGCAGUCUUCAGGGGGAGGAUGUAUGGGGUGUGGUGAGAGUGGGAAAUAUCUGAAAUAUUCCAGUGAUAUGGACUUUAAUAUGAGUGCUCAAAUACUUGAGGAAAUUCACCCUCUGAUCUCUGCUGCUGCAACCUGUGCCUGAUCUGUGAUAGACAGCUGGGACCGCCCACUCUUCAGCUAGCUGCUGACUCACAAAGACAAUAGAGAUGAGUUUUAUUUCUUAUAAUCUAAAAAGGACUGUGAAAAGACAUUUUUCAGCUCACUGCCUUGCUGAAUGUUACAACAAACCUGCAACUCCAGAGUCCCCUUCAUGUGUAUGAUAGACACAUUGUGACAAAGAUGUUACACAUCUUCAAAUCGAUCUAAUUUCCAAUGUAUUUCAUAAGUGAUGCUUAGUUUUACCCCAAAUUUUAACCUAAAUGUUUACUCACUAAUUUCCCUAUGCAAGCAUGUAUUAAAGCAAUAAUUUGAUAUUUUCGGAAAUACACUUAUUUGCUUCCUUGCCAAGAGUUAGAUGAGAAGAGCAAUACCAUUCUUGUACCUGUUUGUUAAUUAUGAAGCUACAGUUAGCAGCUGUUUAGCUUAGCAUAAAGACUGGAAACAGGGGGAAACAGCUAGCCUGCCAGGCCCUGUCCAAAGGUAACAAAAUCCACCUACCAGUACCUCUAAAGCUCAGUAUCUCAUUUGUUUCAUUCAUACAAAACAUAGGUGUAAAACGACACGUUAUGUUUUUAUUGGGGGGUUAUGUGCCAAACUGUACGGAUGAAAGAAAAGAGAUAUAACAGGUUAAAUAGUGAGCUUUAGGCAGAUUUUGUAAACUUCGAACAGAGCCAGCUAGCUGUUUCCCCCUGUUUCCAGUCUUUAUGCUAAGCUAAGCUAAGCAGCUGUAAGUGUGGUAUUGCUCUUCUCAUCUAACUCUGCAAGAAAGCGAAUAAGUGCAUUUCCCAAAUUGUCAAACUAUUGCUCUAAAGUCCCUAGGAUGUAGAGGAUCAGUGCAAACAAUAGCAAUCUAUACUUUUAUUUUAUACUAUACAGUUUAAGUGUUUUAUGAGUGACUCAUUUUCUUUUAUCAAAAUAUCUCUGCUAAUUUAAUCAGAUGUGUUCUUAGAAGUGCUCUAUGUGUAUAUAUACUUAUUGAAAUAACUCGGAGCUAUUUAUUUGCAGAACUGAAGAUUUUAGAUUUCUUUGGCUGAUUAGUUUGAGUUACAUUGGAGCAAUUGUUUUUCACAUUUUACUCACAAACUUCACAGAGUGUAUUUUUAGACUCAAAAACCUAACAAUCUCCCACAUAUUGGCCAGUGUCCUGCCUGUUUUACUCACUUGCACACUGUUAUAUGCAUAUACAGUGCCUAUCUCACAGGCACACUUCCACAUACCCAUUAAUGGUUUCUCAUCCCGGGGUGGAGUGAGUAUCCCAUGGUGCACUGUAAUGGAACCUCCAGGUGGUCUCUGAUUGGCUUGGAUCACUAAACAUCCCUCAGAGAUGGUUGCGAGCUUCUUGUUGUCGUCUCAGUGGGGUUUGCGCUGUUGAAACUCAUUUUUGAGUUGUUUCUGCGUUUCUUCCUCAUAUGAGGAAAUUGUUUAUGCUGGUAAGGUGAGAUUUCAAGCAAAUAAAGGAAAUGAAAGGAGUCAA